UUUAGGUCCCUAGCCAUGGCCCCAAAUACCGAUAUCGCGACUCGUGCCUUAGUCGUCGCCCUCAAGGCGCCUUGCAGCGGCAAAACCACUGAAGAAGUCGCUGCGAUAACUGGCCUUUCAACCCGUCAAGUUAACCGUAUUUAUGCUCGUGCGAUCUAUCGAGGAUUUGACCCUAACUUGCGGCCUCUUGUUAUUCGCGAUGAAUACCUUCGUGAUGCCCCACGAUCCGGCCGGCCACCAAAGCAGACAGAAGAGACGAAGAAGGAGGUCUUUUCAAAGCUUGCAGGGCUGCGAUCUCUCUGCUAUGACGGUUUAGAGGGUACUGCGAAAAGCUGGGUUCCGGAAGACCAAGCCAACGAGGAAGCCUGGGUUGACGAAGAAGAUGAGGAGAGAACGCCUUGA